AUGUUACCUGAAAAGAGUUUACAAACUCCCGGGUUAUCUACUGUCAGAAGUGCUUCAAGUCACUUGAGUGUUGAUGAUCAUGAAGUUGAUUUGGAAGCCAUUCAAUCGCAAGCUAUUUCUAUUGGUGAAGUCGCUGGCGAGUUCACCUCGGAACAGAAAUAUUUCAUUUUGAGAAGGUUGAAUUAUGAAGGUUUGGUGAACUUGAAUGAAUUACCGGUUGGUGCUACCUUCAUGUUGGAAAAAAUUUCUGCUUUAAACGAAGCUGAAGCAGUUGAAAUCUUGAAAGAAUACAUCGAGGCUCACUAUGAAGAUGUUAAUAUUCCUGAUGCUGAUUAUCAGUUUGCUCAAAAGUUAAUUGAUGAAGCUCCAAAUAAUUUGAAUAGUGGUGCUGGUGAUAUCAAGACCCAUUUGAAAUCCCAUUUUGACGCUGGAUCAGAUGAAAAGCAAUUAUCUGAUACGAAUGUUGCCGAUAGCACCUCUAUUGAGUCUAUCACUCAUUCACCUUUUGAGCUCUUUGAUUGGAGCUUCCAAGUUAGGGUAGAAGCUGGUCUUAUUGCUUAUCACUCACCAUAUCCAGAAAUUCGUGCUGUUACUGAGCCUUAUGAUGAUCCAUCGGUUCCUUGUGAAACUCCUCGUGCAAUUAUUGUUGGGAUUAUUUGGUUGGCUAUUGGUGUGGUAAUUAACCAGUUCUUCUAUGACAGACAACCAAACAUCACUUUCACAUCUGCUGUUGCUCAAUUAUUUAUCUAUCCCAGUGGAAAGCUUUUAGCCUUAAUUCUUCCCAAAUGGAGCUUUACCAUUUGGAAACAUACAAUCGAUUUGAAUCCGGGUCCUUGGAAUGAAAAAGAACAAAUGCUUGCAACCCUUAUUUUUUCUAUCGCUGGUGGUACAACUUCAUACGUUACUUCUAAUAUUACCGUACAAAAAAUGGCUAGAUUUUACGAUAACAAGUGGGUAGACUUUGGAUACCAGGUUCUUUUGAUUCUAUCAACUAAUUUUAUGGGGUUUGGAUUUGCUGGUUUGAUUAGAAAGUUUGUGAUUUACCCAACAAGAUCAAUCUGGCCAUCAAUCUUACCUACCUUAGCUGUCAACAAAGCUUUAAUGAAACCAGAAAAGCACGAGAACAUUAACGGGUGGACCAUUUCUAGAUACACUUGGUUCUUUUCAAUUACUCUUGCAUCGUUUCUUUAUUAUUGGAUUCCAGAUUAUCUUUUCCAAGCUUUAUCCAGUUUCAAUUGGAUGACUUGGAUCAAACCUGACAAUUUCAAUCUUGCUUCAAUUACUGGAUCCGAAUCUGGAUUGGGAUUUAAUCCGAUCCCAUCUUUUGAUUGGAAUGUCAUCAAUUAUAAUGCUUGUUUAACAGUCCCUUUCUUUUCCUAUGUGAAUCAAUAUAUCGGAAGUAUUAUUGCAUUCUUUGCAAUAGUCGGAGUAUACUGGUCAAAUUAUUAUUGGGCUUCUUAUUUACCAAUCAAUUCAAACAGUAUCUUCACUAAUACAGGUGAAUAUUAUGCUGUUACUGAAGUGCUUAAUUCCAAUAACUUGCUUGAUAAGCAGAAAUAUGACAAAGUUGGGCCACCAUUUUACUCUGCUGCAAAUUUAGUACUCUAUGGUGCGUUUUUUGCAAUUUAUCCUUUUGCGUUUUUUUACGAAGUCAUAAUGAAUUACAAAGCAUACAAGAAGGCUUUCAUAGGAAUCUAUAAAACCAUUAGGAAUUUCAAAACUUCUACGUACGAGGGAUUUAAUGAUCCUCAUAGUAGAAUGAUGGCUCGUUAUAAAGAAGUCCCAGAAUGGUGUUUCCUCUGUGUCUUAGUGAUUUCCAUUGUUCUUGCAAUCUUAUGUGUUGAAUUAUACCCUACAGAAACACCAGUUUGGGGUAUCUUCUUUGCCGUUGGAAUCAAUUUUGUCUUUUUGAUUCCAAUAACUACUAUAUAUUCUGUUACUGGUUUCUUAUUUGGUCUUAAUGUUUUGGUUGAAUUAAUUGUUGGUUAUGCUCUUCCAGGUAAUGGAUUAGCCUUGAUGUUUAUCAAAGCAUUAGGUUAUAAUAUUGACGGUCAAGCAGACAAUUUUAUCUCAAAUCAAAAAAUGGGACAUUAUGCUAAAGUGCCACCUAGAGCAAUGUUCAGAUGGCAAAUAGUUGGUACUUUUAUUGCUUCAUUUAUCGGUUUAGGUAUAAUUAACUUCACCAUAGAUGAUAUUAAAGACUAUUGUGAACCAGGUAACAAGCUUAAGUUUACCUGUCCUCAAAGUACAAUCUUUUAUUCAUCUUCUAUAUUAUGGGGUGUCAUCGGCCCUAAACGUGUCUUCAACCAGCUUUAUCCUAUUCUUAGAUGGUGCUUUUUGAUUGGAUUCUUGUUAGUAUUCCCUUGUGUUGCAUUCAAGAAGUACGGUCCAAAGAAAGCUGCCAAAUAUUUCCAACCAACUUUGAUAAUUGGAGGUUUUUUGAUUUAUGCUCCAUACAAUUUGUCUUAUUAUACUGGGGGAUUAUACAUGUCUAUUGCUUUCAUGUGGUACUUGAGAAGCCGCUAUACUACUUGGUGGGAAAAGUAUAAUUAUGUUUUGUCAGGGGGAUUGGAUGCUGGGGUUGCCUUCAGUGCUAUUAUCAUCUUUUUUGCAGUUCAAUACCAUGAUAAGUCUAUCACCUGGUGGGGGAACACCGUCAGUACGGCCGGGCUAGAUGGAGCUGGCCUUUCUCUUAAGAAUGCAACUUUGUCGGCACCCGAUGGCUAUUUUGGCCCAAGAAUGAGUAAGCUUGCAGAAUAA